AAUAACACCAGGACAAAGUUAAGAGAUCGCAACGCAAGCAUACGUUUUCCUAAGACUGCUAUGAAGAUGUCUGAUAUUAAGGCUUGGGCUGAGUAUGUCGUGGAAUGGGCUGCAAAGGACCCAUAUGGCUUCCUUACAACAGUUAUUGUGGCCCUUAUGCCACUGUUCCUAGCAAGUGCUAUACUGUCUUGGAAGUUGGCCAAGAUGAUUGAGGCCAGGGAGAAGGAGCAAAAGAAGAAACAAAAACGUCAAGAAAAUAUUGCAAAAGCUAAACGACUAAAGAAGGAUUGAAGGAA